CCAAAGAAAUCUGCAACAAAUAGUGAACAAGAAGCUUCCGGCAAAAACCCCUGCAUCAAAUAGUAGUACACUUAAGUUGGACUACACGAUUAUUGUUACAGUUAUGUCAACUAUCCGAGAACGCUUUUUUAAUGUAAACAAAGCAUUUGAGCUUUCUACUGAAGACUUUAAUAAACAGUGGGCUCUUCCUAAGGAAUCAAGUGGGAGAAAAGAAAACAUUCCUCCUGAAAAGCUUCAUAUGACCUGGAAAAGACCCGCUAUUGAUUGUAAAGCUAGAAUUAGAAUAACAUA